GAAUAGAAGAAGCUUCUGUUGUUGAGGUCUUUACUCCAACAUCCCAUCGAAACUGUGGGCGCAAAGAAACGAAUGUCAAUAGACAGUAUGACGGCUGUACGAAACGCCCAUGCACAUAAUGGGAGCUCCGCUGGAUCAAAGGAGGAUGGACAAAACACACCGAGCCCGGUUAACACCGAACCCAAUACAAACGUAUUUCCACCGGCAGACAUCGGCGAUGUCGAGUCUGGGUCUUCCGUCGGUGAACUAACUAGGACAUGGAUUCAGUUUACAAAGACAUUCGUGCUCAUUUUUCCCAUAUAUGUUUUGGGAUAUUUUGAAUUCAGUUUCAGUUGGCUCUUAAUAGGACUUGUAAUAUAUUUCUGGUGGAGGAGAAACACAGGAGGCAAGAGCACCCGGCUGCACAGAGCCUUGGCGUUCUUUGAACAGGAGGAAAGAACUGUCAAACAAAGUCUGGCAGCUUCUGAUUUGCCAUCAUGGGUAAACUUCCCAGAUGUGGAAAGAGUAGAGUGGCUGAACAAGACUGUGAGACAGAUGUGGCCAUAUAUUUGCCAGUUCAUAGAGAAGCUGUUCCGCGAGACUAUCGAGCCGGCCGUGAAGGGAGCCAACUCCCACCUCGGCACGUUCCGCUUCACCAAGAUCAACAUGGGGGACAAGCCUUUAAGGAUCAACGGGGUCAAGGUUUACACAGAGAAUGUGGACAAGCGUCAGAUCAUCAUGGACCUACAGAUCAGUUUUGUUGGAAAUACUGAAAUUGAUGUGGACAUCAAAAGAUACUACUGCAAAGCUGGUAUUAAGAGCAUACAGCUCCAUGGAGUGUUGAGAGUAGUCAUGGAGCCGUUGCUAGGUGACAUGCCCCUGAUAGGAGCCUUGUCCCUGUUCUUUCUGAAGAAACCUCUUUUGGACAUCAACUGGACAGGCCUCACCAAUAUACUAGACAUUCCUGGGCUCAAUGGCUUGUCUGACAGUCUUAUUCAGGACGUGAUCUACAGCUACCUGGUGUUACCCAACCGCAUCACUAUCCCACUGGUGGGGGAUGCAGAACUUGCUCAGCUACGUUUCCCUAUGCCAAAGGGAGUCCUGAGGAUUCACUUCCUGGAGGCUCAGGACCUGGAAGGGAAGGAUAAAUUCCUGGGUGGCCUGAUCAAGGGGAAGUCUGACCCCUACGGCGUCCUCCAUAUUGGAAACCAGCUCUUCCAGAGCAAGACCGUCAAAGAGAGCCUGCACCCCAAAUGGAACGAAGUUUACGAGGCACUGGUAUAUGAGCACUCAGGCCAACACCUGGAGAUUGAGUUGUUUGAUGAGGACCCAGACAAAGAUGAUUUCCUGGGGAGCCUGAUGAUCGAUAUGAAAGAGCUUCACAAAGAGCAGAAGGUAGAUGAGUGGUUUGACCUGGAAGAAGUCUCCACGGGGAAACUACACAUGAAACUGGAGUGGCUCUCUCUGCUCUCCGCCCCUGACAAGAUGGACCAGGUAUUAAGGAGUGUGCGAGCUGACCGAAACCUGGCCAAUGAUGGACUCUCGUCUGCUCUGCUGGUGGUGUACUUGGACUCAGCCAAGAACCUGCCGAGCAACCUGUUUAAUUUCAACCAUGACGUGUUGAAGCAAGCCUCUGUCUUUAAGUCCCUGAAGUCCGGCAAGAAAACGAGCAGUGAACCAAGUCCUUGCGUUCAUUUCACAGUUGGGAACAAAUCAUUUGAGAGUAAGAUCCGCCAUAAGACCAAUGAGCCCAUGUGGGAGGAAGCUUUCUCCUUCCUCGUCCAUAACCCCAGGAGGCAGGAGCUGGAAGUGGAGGUGAAGGACGACAAGCACAAGUGCACCCUGGGUAAUCUUACAGUCCCUUUGAGUGGUCUAUUGGUGGAAGAGGACAUGAUGUUCACUCAGCAAUUUUCCCUGAGGAACUCUGGACCCAGCUCCACACUCAAACUGAAGUUGGCACUCAGGGUUCUGUUUCUGGAGAAGCAGACGAGUGCGUCGGACCAGCCCUCUGUCCAAGUGAGGAAAGCCAGCGUGGUCAACCCCACCGUCCCCUCCCAGAGACUCUCCACAUCGGAGUCACCUCUUCCCCCAGACACCAACCCCCCAACACCACCAAUGGAGGCCGCCACCUACACCCUCAACCGCAGAGAGGAGCAGAGGGAGGAGUCGUACGGCGACAGCCCCAUCAGGAGCACCUCCAACCUGAACACCACCAUAUCCAGCUCCCAGAAACACCUGCCCCACAAGGACUCCAUGGCCAGCCUGGCUUCGGACAUCUCCCUGCCCUUCGCCACCCUAGAGCUGCAGCAGAGGCUCAGGCAGCUGCAGAAUGGGUCUGCCCCUAGUCCAUACCCCAUGGGGGAGAUUCAACUGACUGUCCGCCACAGCUCCCAGAGGAACAAGCUCAUCGUGGUGGUGCAUGCCUGUCGAAACCUCAUUGCGUUCGCUAAGGAUGGAUCAGAUCCUUUCAUUCGGAUUUAUCUGCUCCCUGACAAGAGCCGGACAGGCCGUAGGAAGACCAGCACCAUAAAGAAAACCCUGAACCCUGUGUAUGAUCAAACGUUUGAGUUUAGUGUGUCCAUGGUGGAGCUGCACAGGAGAACUCUGGACAUCGCUGUGAAGAAUGGAGGAAGUAUACUGUCCAAACACAGAGGACUCCUCGGGAAGGUGAUGGUGGAUUUGAGUGGUGAGGAUAUAUCCAAGGGCUGGACGCAAUGGUAA